AUGGUCGUGGUUUUUGCCAGAAAGGCAGGUGGGUUACCAAAUGUGGAUGUGUCACAACAACAAAAUUUUGUUUCCUCCCGUUCUGCCAUGAGCAGCCUCAUCUCGGCGGUUUCGUGGGUGCGCCGAGGUGUGGCGGUUCAGCACCCUACGAAAUAUGUGCUGGACGAUAAAGAGCUGGAGCGCGUCAGUGCACUGGAGAGGAUUGAGGUUGAGGAUGCAAAGAAAGAGCUUGAGAGAGCGCAUAAGGCUGCUCUGGCAAUGGGAAAGAGGGAAGAGGGCGAUGAAGCAGAUGAUGCUGUGGAUGAAGACGGGAAUGAAGAGGACUGGGUUGAUGAACCCAGUGACGAGGACGCAAUGGAUGUGGACUCUGGUGUCAAAAAAAGAGAUCCCAAUGAUCUUUCAGAAUACAACUUGGACGAUUACGAUGCAGAGGAAGACGAUAUUGCCACAGCUGCUGGACCAUUUAGCAACAUAAAAGGACUAACCUACUACCAGAAUGACGAAGAUGACCCCUAUAUCACACUCAAAGAGGACGAUAAUGCCGCUGAGCGCGAGGAACUCGAGGUUCUACCAACGGACAAUCUUCUUGUCGUUGCCAAAACAGAGGACGAGAUAUCGCAACUCGAAGUCUAUGUCUAUGAGGAAUCAGAAGACAACCUUUAUGUUCACCACGACCUCAUGCUGCCCAACUUUCCGCUCUGUCUCGAGUGGCUGGAUUUCCCGCCCACCACUGCUGGCACUUCAUCCUCCCCUGCCGCUCCGUUUGGAAACUACAUUGCGGUUGGCACUCUCGAUCCCGAAAUCGAAAUCUGGUCGCUUGACGUGUUGGACGCGAUGUACCCUACCUCUGUUCUUGGCCGACCGGACGAAACACAGGCCCAUGUUCCUAUACCACUUGGAACCGGAAAGAAGAAGCGCAAAAAGACUAAGCAUCGGAGCUCGACUACCAGUCACCACGUCGACGCGGUGCUUGCACUGAGCUGGAACAAAACCCAUCGAACAUUACUUGCGAGUGGUAGCGCUGACAGAACCGUAAAGUUAUGGGACUUGAGUCGUGAUCCAAGUAUCAAUGGCGAGGGUGGAGGGGCAAUUCGAAGCUUUGAUCUCCACACGGACAAAGUUCAGGCAGUCAGGUGGAACGAGAAGGACCCAAGUGUGUUAUUGACUGGGAGCUAUGACCGUACCGUCCGGACUUUCGACACCAGAACACCAGAUAGUGGGGUUGCAGCAGUGGUUGGAAGCGAUGUCGAGGCUAUGAAAUGGGACCCCUGGGAGGAUUCUGGUUUCUAUGUAUCGCUCGAAAAUGGUAUGGUCCUCAACUUCGAUGUCCGCAAAAUGUCGUCAGAUCUGAAUCAACCAUCGCCUGCCCGUUUCACGCUUUCAGCCCACGAUGGUGCUGCUUCUGGCCUCGACAUCAACCCCCAUAUUCGUGGUUGCAUCGCUACAGGUGGAAACGACAAAGUUGUCAAAGUGUGGAACGUCCAAGAUGACCAAAAGAAUGUCAGUCUCGUGACUUCAAGGGACUUGGGUGUAGGCAAAGUGUUUUCGGUCGCGUUUUCACCAGACGACCCGCUCACUUUGGCCGCCGCGGGGAGCAAAGCGAAGUUGCAGAUUUGGGAUGUUGGCGCCAAUAUGGGAGCACGAAAAGCGUUCGGGGCCAAGUUGAAAGAAGCGGGUAGGGUGUUGAGGGAGAGAGAGGCUGGCGAUGGUCAGGGUGGCGUAGUCGGUGUUGCGAGCGACGAUGAAGAGAGUGGGGAUGAGGAAUAA